GAGAGAGAGAGAGGAAACGUGAGGUUUGACGGAGAGAGCUGACCGUGUUUUUCUACAGGAAACAAAUCAGAAAGAGAGAGAGUGAAAAUACUGUUGUAAUCACGGUGUAUCGUCGCGGUUUCGUGUUUUCCAGGACGCGUAGGUUUAAGGAAUCACGGCAGUCUGGAGCGCGUGUGUUUAGACCCCGGGAUCAGAGCUAAAGCUGUUUUAUUUUUGCGUUGUCGGACGCUUGAGACUCCGCGCAGAAUGACCGUUGACUGGCCCGAUCUGCUGAUCGUUCGCGGGGAUUAGGGUUAAGGGAUCUAUCACCACCACCGCGUGAGGCAGAAGAAACCACCGAUCUGCCUUCGAGGAUCUUUGGGGUGAAACGGAUAAUGGCACUGUUGGCCAUUCGGAUGUUUGUGCUGUGGUUGUGUAUAGGGGGGCAGGCUGCCGCGGGAGAGGGUCAUUCCACUGCGGCCACAUGCCCUGCGCUGUGCCGCUGCGACGAGGACGGAGGAGCGGACUGCUCUGGACGGGGACUGACCGCCGUGCCCGCCGGUCUCAGCGCGUUCACCUACUACCUAGACAUCAGUAUGAACAACAUUACUGAGUUGCCUGCAAAUGUCUUCAGAAACCUGACCUAUCUGGAAGAACUACGUUUCGCUGGUAAUGACCUUGCUUUCAUCCACCCAGAGGCUCUUUCUGGCCUCCACCAGCUUAAAGUCCUGAUGCUUCAGAAUAAUCAAUUGAAAACUGUCCCCAGUGCAGCACUUAAGAAUCUCCAUGCCCUGCAGUCAUUACGGUUGGACGCAAACCACAUUACGUCUGUGCCUGAGGACAGUUUUGAGGGUCUCCAGCAGCUCAGGCAUCUUUGGUUGGAUGACAACAGCUUGACCGAGGUUCCUGUCGGCCCCCUGCAGCAUCAGAGCAACCUUCAGGCCCUGACGCUGGCCCUCAACCGGAUCACACGCAUCCCGGACAACGCCUUCGCCAAUCUCUCCAGCCUGGUCGUGCUGCAUCUACACAAUAAUCGGAUCCAGGAGAUUGGGAAAAACUGCUUUAAUGGGCUCGACAACCUAGAGACAUUGGAUCUAAACUUCAACAAUCUGAAGACCUUCCCGGAGGCCAUUCAGAAUCUGCCCAAGCUGAAAGAACUAGGAUUUCACAGCAAUAACAUUGCAUCCAUCCCUGAGGGAGCCUUUUAUAGGAACCCACUGUUACGUACAAUCCAUCUUUUUGACAACCCCCUCUCCUUCGUGGGAACUACUGCCUUCCAGAACCUGUCAGACCUGCACUCUUUAAUGCUACGUGGUGCCAGUAUGAUGCAGGAUUUCCCAAGCCUGACUGGAACAGGAAAUCUAGAGAGCCUGACUUUAACAGGAACUAAAAUCAGAAGCAUAUCAGCAGACCUGUGUGAAGAAUUGACCAUGUUACGUACGCUUGAUCUGUCCUAUAAUGAAAUCCAAGACCUGCCAUCCUUUCAGGGCUGCGUAAGACUUCAAGACAUAAGUCUACAGCAUAACCAAAUUCAACAGAUUGACAGGGGCACUUUUCAGGGCAUGACCAGCCUUAGAGUGUUAGACCUGAGCAGAAACCAGAUCAAGUUUAUCCACAGAGAUGCCUUCCUUUCACUCAGCGCUCUCACCAACCUGGACCUGAGUCUGAACUCCCUAGCCGGCGUUCCCACAGCAGGACUGAGUGCACUGAACCAGCUGAAACUGAUUGGAAACGUGGAGCUGAGGAACGGACUGACAGCUAAAAGUCUACCCAAACUCAGGUCUAUAACGGUUCCCUAUGCCUACCAGUGUUGUGCUUUUGUAGCAUGUGACAGUGCAAUCAGCCCUGCCGAGGAUGAGGAGAGGAGAAAUGCAUUCGGUGGUGAGGAGGAGAUGGAGCGGAUUCCUUUGGUCAUGCACUGCUCACCCUCCCCAGGUGCAUUCAAACCCUGUGAACAUUUGUUGGGUAGCUGGAUGAUCCGAUUGACCGUGUGGUUCAUCUGCCUGGUGGCUCUGCUCUUCAACUGCCUGGUCCUCGCAGCCACCAUCUCCUCAUGCACCUCCCGCCUCUCCCCGGCCCGCCUUCUGGUUGCUCUCCUGGCCUCCGCCAACUUGCUUACGGGUGUGUACGUGGCAGCACUAAUGGUCCUGGACGCUGCCACCUGGGGCUCAUUCGCAGAGUACGGUGUUUGGUGGGAAACAGGUGUGGGAUGUCAGUUGGUGGGCUUCCUUGCCGUGUUCUCUUCUGAGUGGGCCGUGCUGCUGCUGGCAUUAGCAGCGGUGGAGCGUUGCUUGGCCGUGAGGACUCUGAUGGGGAAGGCAGGAGCUCUGAGAUCCAGCAGCGAAAGAAGGGAAGGACGAAGGAGGUUCGGUAUCGCGGCGCUCCUGCUGGGAUUGGUGGCCGUGGCAGCCGCCUGCCUCUGUCUGUAUGAGGGUUCAGCUAUGGGCUCACCUCUCUGCCUGCCAUUUUCUGGAGGUCCUGGGCCAGGCCUGGGGUUCACAGUAGCGCUGGUGCUAAUGAAUACACUAGCUUAUCUGCUGAGUGCCGUGGUCUAUACACGUCUAUACUGCAGGUUAGGUCGGGCCCAGCUGGCUGACCCUGAGCAGGCCGGGUCCGUACGGCAUAUAGCCUGGCUUAUUUUUACCAACUGCAUCUUCUUCUGCCCAGUGGCGGCUUUCUCUUUUGCUCCCCUGCUGGCCGGGACUAGUAAUGCAGUGGGAGGACCCGAGAUGGCCAAAUCGGUGACUCUCAUAUUCUUUCCUCUUUCCGCCUGCCUGAACCCCGUCCUGUAUGUCUGCUUCAGUCCCUCCUUCCGAUAUGACUGGCUUCAUCUUCGGGGACGGGGCGGAGGUUGCAGCGGGAGGGUUGGUAAAGCGGUAACCAAGGGGACGGUAGCAGGGGGCUUGGCGACAUCUAAUGAUGGCGAGGGGGUGUCCAACAACAUCAGUUACGACUGCGGAAUGUACACAAAGCUUCAUGCUGACACCAGGGGAAUGUGCGAACACUGUGACGCCGCCCUCCACAUCAGGACAUCAUCUUCCUCUUCUUCCUCCUCUUCCUCAGCCUGCAGACAUUUAGUGAAGUCGCACAGCUGCCCCGCCCUGAUGGCAAACACGCCCCAGUGCCUGAGCUCAGAUGGCUACUGGCCGGACACCGGGACGCUUUCUGCUCAGUCGGAAUACGGAGACGAGGGCGAUUCGUUCGUGUCGGACAGUUCGGAAAAGGUGCAGGCGUGCGGCCGAGCGUGUUUCUGUCAAAGCCGCGGUCUCCCUUUGGUACAUUACUCAUACAACAUCCCCCGCAUGACAGACUGAGCUCCCAUCCCCAAGCGCUCACACACUGCUCACAGAGUCCUCCAGGGUGUGAAGCAUCCCUGCUCGGAAAGGAUGCGCUGUAGAUGUGACUGCAGAGCCAUGGAGACAUGAACAGACCGGAAGCACUUUUUUUCCUACACCUGGGUGAGCAUGUGUUUGUGAGGAUAGAUUGAAUCCUUGAUCCACGAAAAGGGAAUCUGACAAUACAGAAAGACUCUCUGAGCCAAAUGUUGUCUGCAAACAACAAUGCUUGUUAUCUGUUUCCUGUCCCCCUCAGCCAUAUUCAGUUGCAGUGACAACCAUGGCUGAUUGACAGAUGAUGAUUUUAUCUUCCAGUGCCUGCCUAUUUGUUUGGUAGAGAAUAUAACUCACUUGUUCAUUGUUUUAGAUACCUUAAUACUUUUAACAUCAGCCUUUUUGAUUUUAAAGCAGGGAUAUAUGUGCCAUUUCACCGGUCAUAAAUGUUUGAUCAAUCAAUGUUUAAGGAAUGUUAUUUUUACCUUAUUCCCCUAAAUCCUAAUUAUGGCAGGGGAUCCCAUGUAGCAAUGUUCCUCAUGCUGGAGUUCCAGUAUGCCAAUGAGAAUGUAAUCUAGAACCCUAGACCAUGUUUGUGUACACGUCGUGUUCUUGUUUUCUUUAAGACAUUCCUUCCUUUUAAGUUUAUUCUGCUAGUGGUUGUAAAAUCACAGUCCUCUUUUUCAGCUGCCAGAGUAAGCCGGCCAUGCCACUACUCUGCUAUUAGCUGUUAUGGAAAAUAAUUUAUAUUCCACAUUGACAAUGGAUGUCCUGACCAGAGCUCUACCUUAAUCACUUGUCAUUUUCUACUAAUUUAUUUUAAGACAUAACGAUUUGAUGAAUGGAUUGCAAAUGACGCUUUUUUAUUCUGCUAUUACUCCUGAUCCAAAUAAUAAGAGAUCAUUUUGAUAUGAAUUUUGUACACUGGGUAAAGUGAAAAACAAAGGUUUUAGAGGGUCAGCUCCUCCCUGUCUAAAUAAUCCUGCUACUUUCUAUGUGAAAGACAAAUUCUGAUAUUACAACAAGAUUUGUAUCAACCGAAAAGCCAUUUUUUCUCUUUACAUAAAAGCGUGCAUUUGUGUUCAAGCAUCCAGAGCAACAUAUAAUCAUCAUGAGAGGAUUCUCACGGAUGCCAUAAUGCCAGUCAUACAGUAUAAGCUGUGGCAUCAGCAGACAAUUUUAAAGAAGCCUUGCAGGUCAUAGCUAAUAGAACUGACAGAAUUCCAAAUCAUUGUGUGUCUAUGUGUGUGUGCGCGUGCGUAUGUGUGUGUGCGUGUAUGCCUGUGUGACUUUUAGAAACGUCUGCAUGUGGUAAAUUAUUUUUAUAGGACUAAUCUAAUCAAAAAUGGGAUGCAUUGUCUAACCGUGGAAGCUACCUCUUCAACAGUAGUGGCUGCCAGUAGUGCGUAGUAUGUGUGGUCGCAUUUCCAUGUUCAUUUGUUGGUAUGAUUGCUUGGGCUGUAAAUGCAUCUAGAUGUACGUUCUCACUGAAUGAGUCACACGUUUUAUACCGGGAAAAAUUACAUACUGUAUAGAUACAUUUUUAUAAACCAAAUAAACUGAUUCGCUUUAAAGAGA